CUCUUUUUGUUCGUCUUCUUCCUCCAAAAUCCAAUCUCACUACAGCUUCUUUAGGGUUUCUUCUUCUUCUUCCUUUGGAUCUAUGUGAAUAGUAUGAACUAAGCUCUGAGGUAAGCUUGGGAAGUAGGGAUAUGGCCAAAAUCUCUUUGGUUUACCAACUUAGCAAAAAAGUUAGCAGGAGUUGGUGAUCAGUUCUCCUACCGGCUUUUGCAGGCUAAUAACUAGUACCUGACUGUAAAAUCUUCCAAGCUUUCAAAGCACACUGGGACCUUGUUUCUUUUGGUAUUGUAAACGAUGUCAAGUGUUCGGAAUACCCAUUGGUGUCACAGAUGUCAACGUGCUGUUUGGCUUCGAGCUCGAGAUGCUGUCUGUUCAUAUUGUGGAGGAGGAUUUGUGGAGGAAAUCGAUUUAGGACCGAGUAGCCCCUUUGAUAUGCUUAGAGCUCACAGGGAUGUUGACCGUGAUCCAACCUUUGAUCUCAUGGAAGCUUUCUCAGCCUUUAUGAGAAGCCGUUUAGCUGAAAGAAGCUAUGACCGAGAAAUCAGCGGAAGAAUUGGAUCUGCGGGUUCUGAAAGCUUCUCAAACUUAGCUCCUUUAUUGAUAUUCGGUGGCCAAGCUCCCUUUAGAUUGGCUGGUGGUGAUAAUAAUUCAGUUGAAGCCUUUGUCAAUGGCGCAGCACCUGGGAUUGGUAUCACACGUGGCACCAAUGCCGGAGACUAUUUUUUCGGACCCGGUCUUGAAGAACUGAUUGAACAGCUUUCGUCAGGCACUCAUCACAGAGGCCCACCACCAGCACCAAAAUCAUCAAUUGAUGCAUUGCCAACCAUCAAGAUCACACAGAAGCAUCUCAAGUCAUCAGACUCUCACUGCCCGGUUUGCAAAGACGAGUUCGAACUGAAGUCAGAAGCAAAACAGAUGCCGUGUAAACAUAUCUAUCAUUCUGACUGUAUCGUCCCGUGGCUGGUUCAGCAUAACUCAUGCCCAGUCUGUCGUAAAGAGUUACCAUCAAGAGGAUCUUCUUCAAGCACACAGAGUAGUCAGAACAGAAGCACAAAUGGAAGAGAAAACGGCAGAAGAAGGAAUAUUUUCUCUAACCUCUGGCCAUUCCGCUCGUCUAGCUCAAGCUCGACCCAUAACCGCAGAGACACAAACAACACAACCACUGCAGAAGAAGGCCACUAUCAUCAUACUCAUCACCAGCAGCAACAGCAACAACAUCAACAUCAUCAACAACAAUCCCAUAUGGGUUACAGUGGAUGGCCUUUUGACUAUUAAAGGUUGAUCUAACUCUUGACUCUUUUAAGCCUUCUGUUUCACUUUGGUUCUUUAUAUUUUGUUUGUGCUUUGUCAUGUUUCUCUCUCUCUUUCUCUUACUUUGUUCAUUGUUUAUUGUAGAUCUUCUGUUUCUGUGGCUUAUCAACUUUAUGUUUUAUUCCGAAUUGUGUAUCUCACACAUGUUAGCUUGUUAUUGAAUUUGCAUUAAAUAAUUUAUUGUUUA